UCUCCGGGAGAAAUAUAUCAAAGCGCGUUAAAUCAGGGUAUGUUUUUUUUAUUAAGAAUAUUCAUUUGUAACAUGUAAUAAUUUCCACUGCGGGAAAAUUCUAAAUACGAGAGUCCCUCUUAGCGUCAAGAAGUUCCCUCAGCAUUUUCCCCUUUUACGGUGCGCGCCUCUUCUAACGAGCGGCUUAAUCGGAUUUCCGGCCGUUGAUGACUCGCGCGAUGACUCGCGGCCGGAUAUUUUCGUACGCUUUCUCCGAAAUUUUCCAAGACGCGUCACUGUCCGUUCGGUUUCUUGAUCGGUCGCUCUUGAUCUUCGCCGAAGAACGACGCUGCCGAAUCGGUUGCACGCCGCGUGCUUUCGACGAGACCGUUCGUUUUCACACUUCCCUCCCUCCCUCGGCGCUCUCAAAAGGAUUGGUAAAAAAAAAGGAAAAGGAAUGGUGACGAAUUUACGGUGACUUUACUGCGGCAUCAAACGUAAGACGCGAGACGAAACACGCGAGAUCCGCAGCGAGGCGCGUCGUAAAGAUUUUUCGCGCUCCUUCAUGGACGCUCGCCGAGAAUACCGGCGUGAAAUCUCGGUAACCCACGAAGGACCCUCGUAAAACACCUAAAUGCACGUAGUCCCGCGCAAUUUACGUAUGAAAGACGUCGGAUCAUGAAUCGCGUGAAUAAAUUCUCCUCUUUAGAAUAUCAAAGGAAGCGAUCGCAGAGAUACGGUGCUUGCCGCGAUCUAUUCUUCGCAAAGAAUAGAGCAUUCCCGGAGCACUCGCGAGUCGCCGGAACCGCUCAGCUCACGAACGCGAGGGCCGCGGUGUCACUCGAGAUAUCUUUGUAUUCCAGCAAAUAUUCGAAAGAAUUUCAAUGAAACAAGAGGAGAAGAGGGCACCAUUGUCGCGCGACAAUCGCUGGAUUGUUGGAAUGAUUUAGUUCGCAGCGAUUGCACGCGGCGAUUCGGUGAUUCGAAUUUUAUUCAAGAAAAUGCUAAGUCAUCGGUGAUGGGGAAGGAUGUACGAAGGGAGAAACUGUCGCAGCGUCGCGCGCUGGUCCCUUUAAAGGCGGCGCGGAGAAGAUCGAGUGCCAAAGAUGAACCGUAAUCGCUACGUGAGGGGACAAUAUUUUUCUUGACAGUAAGGGAACAUGAUCGAAAGAUCGUUAAUGUAAUAUCGAGAUCGUGAUUCGCGCUUGAUCGACCAAAGAAUUCACCAAAGUGCUUCACUAAACACGAAAUCGCCGGCGAAGCGACGCACGAGGGAUGCUUGUAUCUUUUCGACGUCAUCAAAGAAACCUCUUCUGGCGUAUCUGCCACUGCCGUAGAGACAAAGACAAGAAAGAUUUGAAUAAGUGAGUGAAACGAUCUGCGGUGACUCUUAUCGACUGUGACUUGUGUUCCAAAACGGGUCAGGAAGAUCAGGAAGUAUGGACUAAGAUGCACAUUCUGCACCUCCGCGUGAACUUCAUGAGUGCUUCCGGUGUUCCCUCGAUUCCUGAACUCGCGCCGUGGCCCAGAACGAAAAGGUGGACGGCGGGUGGAACCAGUCCGAAUCUCGGUGCAGUCGAGCGGCCCUGAAAUUCAGAAACGGAGGCGGAAGAUGUAGAGGAACGUGGCGGAGACGAGGAAGAAGAGAGAUUCCAGGGGGUGAUUUAUUUUCGGGGCGAGUUCGCCGUUUGAUCGGCGUGGGUCCCUGAUCCCCGCGUUGGUUGCGCGGUGUCAAGAUGCUGGACAUAUUCCGCGGCCUGAAGAGCCUCAUAAAGAUCUCGCACAUCCACAUCGACAGCGCUGUGUUCCGUCUGCACUACAGCCUCACGGUGAUCCUGCUGAUAUCGUUCUCGCUGAUCGUCACCACCCGCCAGUACGUCGGCAACCCCAUCGACUGCAUACACAGCAAGGACCUGCCCGAGGACGUCCUGAACACUUUCUGCUGGAUACACAGCACGUACACGAUCACGGCGGCGUACCGGAAACGGGAAGGCUUGGAAGUGCCCUUUCCUGGUGUCGACAACUCCCGAGCGUACCCCGAGAGCGAGCGGAAGGAGUACAGAUACUACCAGUGGGUCUGCUUCAUGCUGUUCCUGCAGGCGAUACUCUUCUACACGCCGCGCUGGCUCUGGAAGGGCUGGGAGGGUGGCAAGAUUCAUGCCCUCAUGAUGGAUCUCGACAUCGGGCUCUGCUCCGAGGUGGAGAAGAAGCAAAAGAAGAAGAUGCUGCUCGACUACCUCUGGGAGAACCUGCGCUUUCACAAUUGGUGGGCGUACAGGUACUACCUGUGCGAGGUCCUCGCGCUGGUGAACGUGAUCGGUCAGAUGUUUCUGAUGAACCGAUUCUUCGACGGCGCCUUUUUGACCUUUGGCAUUGACGUACUCAAGUUCCUCGAAUCCGAUCAGGAGGACCGAGUGGACCCAAUGAUUUAUGUCUUUCCACGGAUGACCAAGUGCACUUUCUACAAGUACGGCGUCAGCGGUGAGGUCGAGAGGCACGACGCCGUCUGCAUACUGCCCCUAAACGUCGUCAACGAGAAGAUCUACGUCUUUCUCUGGUUCUGGUUCCUGCUUCUCGGCGUGCUCAGUUUCUUUACGGUUUUGUACAGGAUCCUAAUCAUAUUUUCGCCGCGCACGAGAGUCUACCUGUUGCGGAUGCGGUUCCGUCUGGUGCGGAGGGACGCCGUGGAGACGAUAGUGCGUCGCAGCAAGGUCGGCGACUGGUUCCUCCUCUACAUGCUGGGCGAGAAUUUGGACACCGUGAUAUACCGGGACGUAAUGCACGAUCUGGCGAACAAGCUCGCCUCUAGGCAUCACCAUGGCGUGCCGGGCGUGAAGGGCGAGAUCCAAGAAGCCUGAUCGAGAUCCGCCGGAGCCACGAGUCGCACGCAUCAUUGUUGCAGGUUGCCUCGGAGGGUCGACACGCACGAGUCGACGGCGCAGUGGUCGCCGUCCUUCCCGUCGCCCGGUCGUCGCCAGCGCAUCCGGAGCGCAUCGAGAGGACGAGGCAUCGAAGAUGCCACCGCCAGGAGGAGGAUGCGGCGAUCCGCUCACGCGAGGAAGCGCGUCUACCCUCUCCGCCGGCUGUUGCUCAUCGAGCUCGCGGCGAUGCGACGACGAUAGCUGCCGGAUGUGCGUCGAGGACUUCCGUCUUCUUGCUCCGCGAAGAUAACCCGCGAUUCGCGGCGACAAAUUAGAAGGGAUAGAUAGAGAAAGGAAGAGAAAGAGGGAGAGAGAGCGAAAGAGAAAUGGAUGAGGGAAAACAUGCCCUCAGGAAUCGAAACCGAUCGUGCGAUCUCGGCGAGCCACGGGGGUUUUCAGCUUCGACGCUGCGGACGCGCGCGAGAGCAAUCUCUUCGCGCGCGGUGAGGACGUGCGGCGGCAGGAGAUUGUGAGACCAUUGAUCUCACGUGUUCGCGGCUCCGUGAAACAAAGCAUUUAGUUGAGCCCUGCGUGCGGUUUCACGCUUGUUCUCACGUCGUGUGAGAAGCGUGCAUUUUAGGAUUCACGCGCAUUCCAGUGGUACGGACGUGAGCCGCACGCGUGACACGCCUGCAACUUUUGUAUCCCGCCGAAAAAGGAGGACGCUUCGAGGCGUCCCUCGUAUUUCCCGUCUCCCGGCUUCCUUUUGCUUCUCUUAUUUACGGACAAUGAAUGCGAGCGCGACGACUGAUGUAAGAUGUGCGUCCUGCCGCGUCCCCGAGGGCCGUGCUCGUCGAAAUUAUACCGGUUUCGAUGCCCGAGUCGAUCCGCGAGCGGCUUCGGCCGCCUCCAUGUGCGAAAAGACAGAGAUGCGCGCGAACCGCGGACUCGCGCGAGCGACUGUAAGGACCAAACCCAAUUUCGCCGGCGGCGUUUGUAACGAUUGUACGGCACGAGAUUGGAAGAUCCGCGUCGUCCUAGAUAGCGACACAGUAAAAAGUAAAAAGACACUUUGGAAAUGGCGGCGCGGGUCGUCGAACGGAUGCAUUGCGCCGGUUGUUUGCCUUAUGCCUUCUCGCGUUACACUCGCGUCGCCAAAAGACAGGAUCGCCAAGGGUAGCUGGUGCACCGGACAGCCGGAAGUGUCGUCGUACGGAAUUAAAAAAUAAAAACUUGCGCGACGAAAAAAUAUACUGUAUCGACAAAUAAUUGAUUUGUUAUCUCUGAUACUUGAAAAAGUGAUGAGAGUCGUCGAAUUCGUCGAGCGAUUACAAUUAAAUUGAUUAAUUUAUUACUUGCAAUUAAACUCAUUCUCUUAAAUUCCAUAUUCUUAGAGUCAAGGAAUUUUUUGGUAUUUUUUCUUUGCGUCUUUUAAUGUAAUACAAAAUAUAAAUGACACUUUCAUUUUAGAGGGAAGAUUUCGCUUUUAAGAGACGAGAUAAUUCCGUGUGCCGAUACAUUCUGGUUUCCGCAAGUUAGUUUUAAGCCGUAGAGAGCAGCCGAGAUACUUAACGGACACUGCGUAUAUAUGUAUAAUGUUUCGAGGUAUUUUAACACACUUUGACGCCGUGUUUCGUAAGUGUAAGCGCAAAGUAAGGAAAAACUGAGAUAAUGAUCACAUAAAGAUCAUUUUUUGUGUAUCAGCGACAGCGAACCGAGACGAUGUUGGUGUCCACGAUCACGUGAUGAUGAUGAUGAUGAUGAUGAUAAUGAUGGACGCUCGCUUUUGAUGGAAAGUUUGCAUUCAAUCCUUGAAGAAGGAACACUUAUCUGCCCGACCCGACGAUUGAUCCGUGAUUAUCGCGAUACGCGAUUAAUGCAACAACUUAACGUAGUCUAGUUAUUAUGUUCUACGUAAUUCUACAUAACUUUAUCGAUUUUGCGAAUUUAUCCGUUGAUGCGGACACACUGCCACCGAUCGAGCCGAUCGAUAUUUUGCUGUAUCCCUGUCUUCGUUCUGUUUCAAUGAAGAUAGCGUCCGAAAUAAAGAUACGUUACUU